AUGGUCGUGUCCGAAUCAGAAUCCGAAUUUCUGUUCUCUGGCCCUCAGCCCAUGAGUGAGCACCAGGAAGCCAUCGACGGAAAUCUGGAAAGUUUACUCGUAACACCUGUAAUUGAAUGCGUGGUAGAGUUGAAUCCUGGGAGUCCGAAUAAACAUAAAGAUACCAACAAAGAAGAGGAAAAUCCAGAUAGCGCAGAUCCCAAGGACCUAGAGGAAAAUCAAACAGAUACAAGUAGUCCGACAAGGGAAGACACAACUAGACCUCUUGUUCUAGAAGAAAGACACUCUCUGUCCAUAGCCGAAACGAAGAAGCGCAGAGCCAGUGUGUAUUCCAACGAACUGCUCUUUAUUCCCAAAGAACUCGCUCGCAGUGAACUUCAGCAGCGGACGAGGAUCCGUAGUAGAUACGCCAAGAAUCGGGACUAUCACCUGCGGAUGUUGAAGUUCCCCGUGGGAUCGGGUCGCCCUCGAUUCGUGGCCAAGCAAAUGAAGAAAGGCCAAGAGGAUAACCAGCCGAUCUCCAAGGAUUCCGAAGACGAAACUAACGAUUGUCUUGCGGAGGUUAAACAGGAAGAGUUUAUUGAGGAGCCGACCGAGGGACUUGAAAGUGCAAAGGAGUUACCCAUGAACAUGCCUGAUUUGAGGGCAGAAAGUAAAGUGAAGCACCAACUUCCCGACGAUGAAGAAAUCAGCAUUAUGUUGUACGAUCUGGUGAAAAAGGAGGUCGAUGAUAACAAUGACUUGGAAAAAAUGAACCGACAAAUCCUUCAGAGUCAGCGACAAAGUGUGAUAAGAUCCAGCAGCACAAAACUCCAGCACUAUCCCUAUUUGCGAUGGCACAAUCCGGAUCGAGUAGACCAGGACUUCAAGAUGGGGCUCUUGGAGCAAAGGAAAACCAAAUGGGAGCCGGAAAUUCAAGUCGGCUAUUGUAAGGUGAAUAAUGUAGAUGCCACAGAAUGUAUCAGGGAGGAGGAUCAGGGGGAAUAUACUCAAGAACUAGCUAUUCCUGACCCACAGGUUGAACAACCAUCAGUUUUAGAACCUCCAUUACAGCAAACGCAAGCAAUCAGUUGCCACGAAAUUCCAGCCCCAGAGCAAGUUAUUGAAGUGCCAGUCAAUGAUUUUACUCCUGCAAUAUCGGGAUCCCCUGGAGAUUCCGAACAAACAACAAAUUCUGCACUUCGUCAGCAGCUAAUGCAUCACAUUGUCCAGCCGAAUUUGUGCAACGAGGAAGUUUGCCAAUCCAUCAGCUGCAAUAACAACGCCAUCGAUCUAGUGAAUCAAAACCUCAGGCAACAUCAAUUCGCUGAGACUUCUAUAGCCAAUGACCUAAGUCAUCAGUGGAACCCCCAAAAUAGUGAAAACUUCAUCGAUCAGUCAUUCCACAAGCAGCAAUUGCAUAUUCAGCAGCAAUAUCUGUACCAGCAACUCAAUCAGGCACAAAACCAGCAGCAACAGGAAAUUAUCUACCAGCAACAUCAGCACGAGGCCGAGGACAAGUUGCAGCAAAUGAGGGCCAUGUAUCAGCGCAUCAAGAGCCGGGAGGAGGAGCAACUGCGUCUGAUGGGUAAGUCCUUGAAGAAGCUCCUGGAUGAGCGACUUAAUUGCGAACGCAAACAUGCGGAGGAGAAGCGUUUGUUUCUGCUGAAAAUGGAGCACAUCAAGAAGCUGGAGGACAAACUGAGGGUGGACAAGGAGCAGCUGCAACGAAACCUGAGAUCCGACCUCACAACUCUGGAGCUGCGAAUUACCGAUCAGCAACGACAGCAGGAUGAGAAGGCUUUAGCAUGGUCCUGGCAGCAGCAACAGCAGCAGCACCAGCAGCAGCAAUUGCAAUUGCAGCAGCAACAAUUGCUGGUGCAACAGCAAUCUCAGCAACAGCAGCCGCAUUUUAUGCAUCAACUGCACGGCCAGGAAUCCCAGCCAAACCAAGAGCAACCAUAUAUGCAGCAACACUCGAUUUUGUACGACCCCCCACCUUAUGUAUAUCCACUUGGCUAUCAAGAAUCGAUGGUAUAUCAACAGCGUUUACAAGCCUAUCACGAUCAGCAGAACUUUAGUCCAGCAGAGACUCACAAUGCAGCGAUUGAUAUGCAGAGAAGACUAAUCCUGCCGCCGCCGCCUCCAUAUUGCCAGUCCAACAGCAGGAUCUCAACUGAGGCCAGUUCCACGGCCAGGAAAGUGAGGCAUCGUCGUCCAACCGUCGACCAGAGGUCAGAUCCAUAUGCUGCCCCAACGAGGGGCCCCUUGCCACCAGCUGCAGAGGUCAUGCGAUUCCAGGAGAACCCACAAAUCGUACCACCCACAGCCCAAACUCAUGAGCCCAGUUCCAGAAACGAACAGAUAGGAAUCACUUCCAUCAUGACUAAUUACGUCGCUAACUUCAUGAAUAUGCGUGCUGAGAGAUAA